AUAGGAGGUGGAUUUUUUUACUCCACUCAUUUCUCCUGAAGGAUGAGAUCCCUGAAACACCUCAAACAUCACUACAGGAACAAUGUGGAGGAGGAGAGCAGUCACUUGGUGCGAAUCUACCCAAAGAUGACUGAGGGCCAAGUAGAUGUGGGCACACAGACGGAGCCGGUGGUGGUGCUAUCUCUGGCUCAGGCUGCUGUUCUGGGCCUCAUCUCCCAGAAUGAAAUAUUUGGGGCUACCAUUGCUCCUAAUGGCUUUUACACAGGGGAGCCCAGAGAGUGCCCCCCUCCUCCACCUGAGUCAGUGGAGUAUGAAUAUGCUGACCAGCUGAUCGGGGCCAACGGCGACUACCUGGCGGAGCCUGCCGGCGAGCCGGAGCCCCAACCGCACUGCAGCGAACGAAGACGACCCGGGCCCCGCGGGAGGACCAAAAGGCCCAGAAGCGAUGUAGAAUUAGAGGGGCACCCUCACAAAGUACCUGGUCCACAGGCUCAAAUUAAAGGCGAAAGACUUGAACCCGAUACUCCCCCCUCCUGCACUGACGUACACAGCAGGCGUAGCCCUGGCAAGCCAGAGGAUUCAGUCACCCAACAAGGUCCUCUGAAAGAGGAGCAGGCCUGUGAAAACUGUCCCUCGUGUGUGAGAGACACGGCAAGGCAGCCAGCGGAGGGGCAGCCAGAUCUGGAACGAGAAGAAAGCUCUUCUGGAGAAAAAGACAGGAAGGAAGAAGAGUUGGUGGUAGAAGAGGAAGAGGAAGAGGCACUGAAUCUCAAGAUUGGCAGAGACACUACCAGUCCUCUGGAGAACCGAUAUUACGACUCCAGCGAGGCGGCCUAUGAGCCCACCGACAUGACGCUGCCUUCAGAAUAUGAGGAGAAUGGGCAGGUCAUGCUGUGGUCGGACCCAGAGGGUCUCGCCAGACGAAUGCAGAUUGACCGCCUGGAUAUCAAUGUGCAGAUCGAUGAGUCCUACUGCGUAGACGUGGGAGAAGGUCUGAAACGCUGGAAGUGUCGCAUGUGUGAGAAGUCAUACACAUCUAAAUAUAACCUUGUCACUCAUAUUUUGGGCCAUAAUGGAAUUAAGCCCCAUGAAUGUCUACACUGUGGGAAGCUUUUCAAGCAGCCGAGCCACCUCCAGACUCACCUGCUCACCCACCAGGGGACCCGGCCUCACAAAUGCACCGUUUGUGAGAAGGCCUUCACGCAGACCAGCCACCUGAAGAGGCACAUGCUGCAGCAUUCAGACGUUAAACCCUACAGCUGCCGCUUCUGCGGCCGCGGCUUUGCCUACCCCAGCGAGCUGAGGACCCACGAGAACAAGCACGAGAACGGCCAGUGUCAUGUGUGCACGCAGUGCGGUCUCGAGUUUCCCACCUACGCGCACCUGAAGCGCCACCUGGCCAGCCACCAGAGCCCCACGACCUACCAGUGCACGGAGUGCCACAAGUCCUUUGCCUACCGCAGCCAGCUACAGAACCACCUGAUGAAGCACCAGGACGUGCGACCUUACGUCUGCCCCGAGUGCGGCAUGGAGUUCGUCCAGAUCCACCAUCUCCGGCAGCACGCUCUCACUCACAAGGGUAUGAAAGAAUUCAAGUGCGAUGUGUGUGCCAGAGAGUUCACUCUGUCUGCCAACCUGAAGAGACACAUGUUGAUUCAUGCCAGUGUGAGGCCCUUCCAGUGCCAUGUCUGCUUCAAAACCUUCGUCCAGAAACAGACCCUCAAGACGCACAUGAUUGUUCACCUGCCGGUCAAGCCUUUCAAAUGCAAGGUUUGCGGCAAGUCUUUCAACAGAAUGUACAACCUCCUCGGCCACAUGCAUCUCCACGCCGGCAGCAAGCCCUUCAAGUGCCCUUACUGCACCAGCAAGUUCAACCUGAAGGGCAACCUCAGCAGACACAUGAAGGUGAAGCACGGCAUCAUGGACACCACCAUAGACGGUCAAGAACCUCCCCAAGAGACGGAAGGCCAGGAGGACUACGAAGAGGAGAGCUUUGAAUUCAGUGAGCGAGAAAACCGGGCGAACAACAACAACACACCAGACAUCGCUAAAUUAUCUCAAAUGGAGUAUUACAGCACCUAUGGGAAGGGCGCAGAGCGCUUUAGCACUGCAUGAAUUAUUAAAAUGACCACAAAUUGAAUAUAAGUGUGAAUUAAUAAAAACUGGAUUCUUUAUUUUUGGUCUUUUUUUGCUGUUAAAGGCUUAGUGCUCGGGUCCUUUGAGGACACAGAGGCCCAGCAGACUGCACAUGAAUAUGCACUGGAAUCAUUCGCAAAGCUACAAAAUUUGAAAAUGUAUACUUUUUAUUGAAUUGCAUAUUUUUAAUCUCUUGAGUAUUAAACAGAAUAUAUUUGAAAAAGGGUGAUGGUCUAAAAUAACAGUGAGAUUAUAACUAUAUACGUUUGUAUAUGCUGAUAGUUAAUUAACAAUGAUCUUCAUCUGAGCCCAAUAUUAAAAGCACACUUUAACUACGAAUAUAAGUACAUAUUUUGGUGUUACAUUCUGCUUUGUUAUCAAGAGAACCUCAGUCUCUGUCACUGGGGUGAACUCACCUGAAGGGUUACUGUACAUGUCACUUGCCAAAGCUGCAGAGGUUAAUGAGUCACUUCAAAUUAUACUGUGAUAAAUCUGAGGUCUGCAAGUAGUUUUAAUUUCAUUUGAAAUGCAGUACUGUGUGAAAGUUUUAGGCUUUAUGGGGGCGCUUUCAAAAGGGAUGUGUUAAUAGAUUUUGUCACUUGAUUGAAGUGACCGCGCUUUGCCUUCAAAGCACAAACUUGCCCUAUCUGGUCCAGAUCCUAUCUCUUUAUGUCGGCCCACACGGAUUUGAUCAUGAUGAGAUCAGGGCGCUGUGGGGGCCUCAUCACUUUCUUAACAGAGCUCCUAAUAAACAUUAACCGGGGGUUGUUUUCUCUGCUGUAGAGCACAUUUCUACACACUCCUGCUGGUAUUACAUGAUGGAUAAGUAGCAUUUUAUUACGUUGGCCUAAAACUUGCGCACAGUACUGUACAGUGUGUGUUUAUUGUAAAUUAUUGUACAGAAUGUAUCAGUCCUGCUGUACGUUGGCUGGUACUGUGAUCAGUGCAUUGCACUCAGAACCACUGAGUCUACUUUUUUACAUUUCUGCAUUAGUAAGCGUCACACUGUAUUGAUCUCUAGUCUAUGAAUGUAUCUGUUUCUGUGGAAUGUUUUACGACGCUAACGAAAACAAACUUUAAAUUAAUUU